UUGCCAGCCAGAGAUGUGUGGAACUUUCUGUUAGAUCUUUCAUAAACAGAAGAAAAUAAAAACGGCUGUAACUGUUCACACGCGCUCUCGAUCUCGAAGCAAGUUCGAGCGUAGCCACCGACCAUGCCUCGGACACACAAAGUAGCGGGAGGCGUUGCCGCUUUUGGUGCCAUUUUCUCAGAAUUCGAGAUUGUUGGAUGCGAGAUCUCUGAGGCUGUAUCAGCGACGUGCAGAACAGCGGGGUAGUUUUUGGGGCUUUGUCUGUGGCUAUUGGCUUUGCGUUGUGGCAUUGUCGUCUUCCUGUGGCAGCAGCGGCGAGUGGCGUGGUCGGCUGCUUUCGUAUCUUCCGAGGAGGCGUGAGCGUAGAUUUUUCGUAUAGACGACGAGGCUCUCGACUACGUGCAAACAGAGGGACGAUCUCGACGAGCGCGAUGGUGUCGACUCUCCUCGUCCGCACGCUGCUGCUGCAGCGACCGGCAGCCCGCGUCGGCAUCGGCUGCUGUAGCGGAGCGCGCCGGUACCUCUCGCAGCAACAACCCGCCGAGGCCUCCAGCUUCCCCACUUCGUCGGACGAGGUCGUCGUCGAGAAGCUGACCGGCGAGCAGUCGGGAAUCGCCGUCGUCGGGUUCAACCGACCGCGGGCCAAGAACGCCAUCGGCAAGGUGUUCCUCAAGCAGCUCGAGGCGACUCUCGACUGCCUCAGGUACGACGACUCCCUCCGGGUCCUCAUCGUGCGAAGUCUCGUGCCGGGCGUCUUCUGCGCCGGCGCCGACCUCAAGGAGCGCGCGGCCAUGCCUCUCCGCGAGGUCGCACCCUUCGUCGCCCGAAUCCGUGGCGCGACGGUCGCCCUCGAAGAAAUGCCCGUGCCGACCAUCGCGGCGCUGGACGGUGCCGCUCUCGGAGGCGGACUCGAGAUAGCCCUGGCCUGCGACCUGCGCGUAGCCUCCAACUCUGCCAAGAUGGGGUUGGUCGAGACCACCCUGGCCAUCAUACCCGGCGCCGGGGGCACCCAGCGGCUACCCCGCGUGGUCGGGAGAGCCAAGGCGAAGGAGCUCAUCUUCACCGGCAGAGUCCUGGACGGCGAGCAGGCCGAGGACAUCGGACUGGUGAACUACGUGGCCGAACAGAACAAGGAAGGGAACGCCGCGUUUCAGCGGGCUCUGCAGUUAGCCGAGGAGAUAAGGCCACAGGGACCCAUCGCCCUCAGGAUGGCGAAACUGGCCAUUAACAAAGGCAUGGACGUGCCUAUUAGCAACGGACUCGACUAUGAAAAGGCGUACUACGUACAAGUGACGCAGUCUAAGGACCGGGUUGAGGGGCUGAACGCUUUCAAAGAGAAGAGGAAGCCCAACUACGUCGGGGAGUGAGGUGGCAUCUGUGCGCUGCCAAUGGUUGUGCAGGAAAUAAAAACCGGUAAUCUUGUUUGUUA